AAUACGUUUUUCGAUAUCGACAUACUUUAUAUUUUGACACUUUGAACAUUACACUCAAAACGUUAUUUGUUGAGUAGGUUCUUAACCAAAUUAAUAACAAUAAUAAUAUAUUUGCUUUCAUGGUAGUGGAAAAUCUGUACUGUAGAAUCAAUCGCCUUUUUUGGUCAAAUUCCUGAACAAAUAACGGGAAAAUGUCAUUGAAUGCAGACUGGGUUAGUCCAAUCAAGGAACAGAAUCGACGGGGCGUGUCAACUAAUUCAGCAUACAAAUUAGUGAUUACAGCACGUUCAUAAUGAUCAACUGGCAUGGUAAUGUGAUAUAUUGUUAAUUGGGGUAUCAGUGGUAUCAAUUGAAUAAAAGCAGUUAAUUGGGAAAAUAUACAUGUUGACAUUGCUAUUAGGGGUGGCACAUUACUAUUACUUUUAAAAGUAAUCCAAAUAUUGUAUAUAUUCCUAUUACCAGUAACAGUAAUUCUUUCCAGUUUUACUGUUGCCGGUACAAAUUUUAUGGGCAUUCCUAUUACCAGCAACAGUAAAACUGGAAAGAAUUACUGUUACUGGUAAUAGGAAUAUAUACAAUAUUUGGAUUACUCUUAAAAGUAACAGUAAUGUGCCACCCCUAAUUGCUAUUUGAUGUUGAUUUAAUUCUAGCUGUUCGAGUAGUUCAAUUAAUCUGGAUAGAGUCACGCAAAUAAAUUUUAAAAAUUCUAUUGUUUUUGUAAUUCGGUUACGCAUAUCGUUAUUCAUUUUAAAAUUUAAAUAUUUUGUUGGGCUAUGCACUCUUUGUUAUAUAACAUAUAUAUAGGUACCUAAGGCUUUUUAUACGCAGAAGGGUUUUUCUUUUCUCGCAUAUGAUAAAGAAAACCGUUAAAAAAAUAUAAACGAAAAGAGAAAAAGAUAAGACACAUGCACACACGCAGAUUUUCCGCCAAAUUUGCUUUUUGAUUUUAACGUAAGAUAGUAAAAAAAUGGAUCGUAAUCGUAAACCGUAUAAGUAAAUAUCUGAUUUUGAAAUUGAAAUUGUUAAUGGAAUCAUUGAACAAGGUCUUGCUACACCAAAAGACAUUGUGGGGAAGUUAUUGCAAAAAUCCUAUGGUGAAAUAACCAAUUAUUACAAAUCAGUAAAUAAAGCUGCUCAACUUCGACGUGUCCAUGAUAUAUUGUUUAAAAUCGCUAAAAAUGUCGCGUUAGCACGAAGUUCUGAUUAUUCAUUAUUCACAAAACAAGGUACGAAUAAUCAGGACUAUUUAGUUUUCCAUGAAGAAACUGUAGGUGAAGAUGAGAAUUCGAAAUCAACUGAUGAACAGAUGAUAUUUAAUUCACAAGCAUCCAAUAAUCAAGCAACAGAUAUUGAACCACAAGAGGAACGUGAAUCUAAACUAGUUACACCUCGUUCAACAACAUCGAAAAAUACAACGGCAGUUGAAACAAAUUUAUCGGAUGAAAUAAUAGAACCGGGAAGUCAUCGAAUGCGAUCGGAUGAUCUUGAAGAUAUUCAAAAUUUUCGAUCAUCGACAACACAGCGGGCUUCAAAUGGAACAACCACACCAACAACAACAACACCUGCAUCUAAUAUUCCGUCAGUUCCAAAACAAAAAAUAAAUAAAAUACCUAAAAGUGUUCGUCCGCUAACAGUAAAUGACAUCAGUAAUCAAGAAGAAGAAGAAGAAUCAGUUGUUCGUGCAGCUAUUUGA